AUGCUAAGGGCAAGAAGCCUUUUCGGUAUCUCUGAAAGACUACCCAUAGCUUCCAAUUAUUUAAGCCUAAAGGCACAUAAAAGCUUCUCAAGUUCUUCAUGUUUUUUGAAUCAACCCAAUAGUGCCACAAAUGAAUCGAAAAUUAUUGAUGAAAACCCCGAAUCGGAAGUAGCGGUGAUCGAUGAAGCUUCCUUCAGCAGCUCCAAAAUCAAUCAUAUUUUUGAUGUUAUCGAUAACAAGAGGGAACUAUCCCAAGUCCAGCCUGAUGAAGACUCAAAUGCAAAUAAAAAACUAUUAGCAGACUACAACUCACAAGGGUCUAAUUUGAUAAUAUUAAGAGACGUUAGUUCUUUCAAGCGUUUACCUAAAUAUAUUGUCAAGUAUAAGGAUAAUGCGAAAGCUGAAAAAAAGAAGAAUGGGGGUAAAACAAAAGGAAGAAAAUCAGACAACCAACAAGAUGACGUUGCUGUGAGUAGUGCUCUUAAAUCCAGAGGUAGUAGUAGUGGCCUCAAUGUUUACCAUCAUCUAAUGGACAAAGUUGAUGAGCAAAACGAUAUAUUGCCAUUUGUGAAGGGAAACAGUGACAACGAUUUACUACAAUCAAUCACUGAACUUAAACCAAAAGUCAAAAAAAUUUCUCCAAAAGAUUAUAAGGAGCUUUAUGAUACGAUAUAUAAGAGUUACACUAAAGUGAAUCUUAUGGACUACGUCAAAAAAUUGCAAGGGUUUCCAAUAGCCAAAAGCAAAGUAAAGAAAGUAAUUAUUGAGAAGAUUGUUAAAGAGCUUUGGAAUGUGGAAACUGAUUUCAAUGUUAAGAGUCUUCAAAACGGGUCUGGAAUGGCAGAAAAAAUCCAAACCAAAACAUUUGAUGUAAAUGAUAAAAUUUCAUUUUUUCUACUCAGUGAAAGUGGUCGCCUUCUUUUCAAGUAUACUACGAAUUUCAUUAAUAUCAUGUUUAACAGAAACGAAAGUGACAAAAAGUUGGUUGUUCAAGCAACUGGCUUGAGGUUGAACUGGUUUGAGGCUGAUUUGAAUAAAAUUCUAUCAUCAUUAAAGAAGCAAUUCGUUGAUUUGGGCGCUCUUAAUAGUUUCUUCAACAAAGAUAAGAAUAAUGUUAAACAAGUUUUACCAUUAGAUUAUAUUCAAAAAGUUUCAGAUGUGUAUUUUGAAAAAGUUGCUCAAUUUGGUUACAUCUUGAACGCGCGUUACAAUCGCGCAAUUCAAAAAGCUCAACGUUUUUUGGUGUGGUUCUUAAAUUAUAAUUCCCAUUUGCUUACCAACACUAGCAAUUUCCAAUCAUUAAUUUCAAGUUCAGACCUCAAAAAGUCGUUGAGAUUUUAUAGGUUUGCUGACUACAUGUCUUUACCUUGGAUUCACAGAUCCAAAGUUUGGUAUAGACUUCGGGCUCCUACUUUCAAUAAAAGCUAUAAGAAGGGGCAGGCAUUCAAGACUCGGGAAAUCAGCUUGAGCGAUAAGCAAAUUGAUGAGGUUUAUGAUUCGUUAUUCAAGUCUAAUUUAUCUGGCGAAACUGUCAAGGGCUUGCCAAGUGCAAAAUGGAAUAAACCUGACUUGACUGCUACUUUUGGGCAGUUAUUAGUUGAUGAAACAAUGAAAAAUGAAGCUUUAAAGAGUUUGAACAGUGAUGCCGCUGGAAUUAUGGAAAUCAGUUCUAACGAUGCCGUUGAUUCUUCAAGACCAUACAUUUUCUCGACAUCUUUGCCUGAUAUUAAGAAGGAGGCUUAUAAAUUGCCAAUGUUUUAUCAAAGUGAGGCGGACACUGACAUGGGUAUGACUGAGCAUGAAGAUAACCAUUCAUAUUAUGUUCAAAUCAAGUUUUCCCCAAGCCCUUUCGUUGAUAUUACCACAUCAGAGGAAGAUAGUGGAAAUCUUAUGAAAACUGAAAUUGAGAACUAUUCCAAAUACCCACCAAUCGAAGCCUGGGUGGAAAUCAAUGGAAAAGAUGAGGUUCAAUGGGAUACUUUGUCAGUGAUGACGGUUGAGAAAGAAUCUAAUGUUUAUGUGAAUUUCCCUGACAAGACUUCGGAUUUAAAUUUGAGCAGUGCAACUACAGGUAAUUUGAUCGAUUUAACAACGGAAAGAACCGAAAAUGAACCUUUUAAUAUAAAUGAAGCUUUGAGAAAGCAGCCGGAUUUGCUCGAAUAUUUCAAGGCUAGUGAUCUCUCUUAUCAAAAGAGAGAUUUUAGACUUGAAGACAAUGUGAAAAUCUUUUUUGAAAACGAGGGUAGAAUAACCCCAGUGGAGUAUAUGUUCAUUAAUGCUUGUUUCAGAAAACAAUUGAACCUAGAAUAUAAUAAUGGUUAUUUGUUGCAAUUAUCUAGUAUUGAAGGAGGAUUUCUUGGUGGAUCAAGGGUUGAGGUAAGUUUGGUGAAUUAUAGAAAGGAAGGAGAGGAAGAUAUUGGUGGUCAGGAGUCUGCUGAAGAAAAUGAUAAUGGUGAAAUAUCAAGGGAAGAGUUUGGGAGUUUGUUGAGGGAGUCCUUGAAAUUCAUAAACUCUGUCUCGACGAACUAA